GCACACAACUAUUUUCGUAAAUGUUUUGUGAGUAUAAGCAGUGAAAAUAUUUAAAAAUGUCGGAGGAAACAAUUAUGUCUAUGAAUGAUCAAAAAAUUAAAAUUGAACCACCUGAAUAUUCACCAGAAGACAUUAAACUCAAAAUGGAGGAUGUAUUUGAUGAUCCUGAUGUUACUGUUAAAUCUGAAUCGUGUUCGGAAGAUGAUGAUACAUGUUUAGAAAGAUUUAUGAAUUCCGAGGUGAAAAUUGAAGAAGAAGUCAAGCAGGAGUUAGUCGAGAAAUCAACUUAUGAAUGUGAUAUUUGCUAUAGAUCAUUUGUAGGAUCAGAUCAUUUAAAAGAGCAUAUGGCCGAUCAUAUGCUUAGUCAUAGCAAAGAAAAUCCUUUCAAAUGCGAAAUCUGUUACAAGGCUUUUGAUCGAUUAAGGGUUCUGCAACGGCACAAGCUCAUUCACAGUGGUGAGCGCGCCCAUGAAUGCAGUACGUGCAAAAAGACCUUCACAAAAUCAAAUGUUCUGAAACAUCACAUGCUGAUACAUAGUGGAGUACGCCCACAUGAAUGCAAUAUAUGCAACAAGACAUUCACAUUUUUAUGUAAUCUAAAAUCUCACAUGCGCUUUCAUAGUGGCGAGCGCCCCCAUGAAUGCGAUAUAUGCAAUAAGACAUUCACCAAAUCAAGUAAUUUGAAAUGUCACAUGCUGAUACACAGUGGAGUACGUCCCCAUGAGUGCAAUAUAUGCAAAAAAACAUUCACGCAAUCAGGUGGUCUGAAGAGUCACAUGCUGUUACACAGUGGAGUACGUCCUUAUGAAUGCAAUACAUGCAAAAAGACAUUCACAAAAUCAAAUAAUCUGAAGCAUCACAUGCUGAUACAUAGUGGAGUACGUCCUCAUGAAUGCAAUAUAUGCAACAAGACAUUCACACUUUUACGUGAUCUAAAAUACCACAUGCGCAUUCACAGCGGUGAGCGCCCUUAUGAAUGCAAUAUAUGCAACAAGACAUUCACAAAAUCAAAUGAUCUGAAACGUCACAUACUUAUACACAGUGGAGUACGCCCACAUGAAUGCAAUAUAUGCAACAAGGCAUACACAAAAUCAAAUGAUCUGAAACGUCACAUGCUUAUACACAGUGGAGUACGUCCCCAUGAAUGCAAUAUAUGCAAUAAGACAUUUGCAGAAUUACGUAAUCUGAAAGGCCACAUGGGUUACACCACUGUAGCAGCCUAA